AUGGACGGAGACUCGUCUCAUAUUCCACUGAGAGGAGGGGGGAAAGAGGGGACUGACGAUAAAGUGCCUUGCUUCCCGGAGGAAAGACUUGGAUGGAAGGGCUACAUUGAGUGGGAGAAAUACCCGGAAAAGCAGAAGGAAGCUCAAGAGAUAUUAGCGAAGUAUGAUUUUGCCAAGCCCCCCGAAUACCAGCUCGAGCCUCUACCGAAGACAAAUCCCAUCCUCGAGGGUGUCAGAUGGAAGCAAUACCACGCUGCGCUCGGUCCGACGCUCAGAGAUCUCCCAAAGAUCUCAUGGGAGUACGUGCAGAAAGAGAAGUCGCCAGACAUGAUUCACGUACUCGAUUUCCCUUACAACGGGGAGCCGCCGAAAGAUCGCGUCAUUGAGCACGCCAUAACUCCCAACCCGCUCUUUUUCGUGCGCAAUCACGGCGGCAUUCCGGAAAUCAACGCAGAUGACUGGUUCGUUGACAUAGAAGGUCUCGUCAAAGAGCCUAGACGCCUCACACUCGCCGAUCUCAAGGAUGAAUCCAAGUUUCCACGAGUGUCGAACAUCGUCAGCUUGCAGUGCUCUGGCACGCGGCGCAUUGAGCAGAUUCAUGAAUACCCGGGUGACGGCGACGAGUUAAUCAAUGCACCAUGGGGAGAGGGCGCAAUCGGAACCGCGAGGUGGACAGGCGUAUCGUUGAAGAAAGUCAUCAAGUACUGCGGUGGCUUGAAAGAAGGAGCCGGACAUCUGGAAUUCUUCGGCGCAGACACGUACUUCAAGAAAGGCAAGGUUUAUAACUACGCUGUCUCCAUACCCUGGCGAAAAGUCAAGGUGCACGAAGCAAUUCUAGCGUGGGAAAUGAAUGGCGAGCCGCUGCCACGCAUACACGGCUACCCGGUCCGCGUCGUUGUCUUUGGAUACAUCGGUGCCCGUAGCGUGAAGUGGCUCUACAAGAUCAACGCAAUCGAGAACCCCAGUUUGGCGCCGGUACAGAGCAAAGAGUACUUAUACUACACGCCGCAGGUCGGCAAGCAGAACGCGACUUACUCCGGUGGUUUCUCGAUUCAGGACAUGCCUGUCAGUUCCGCUAUCAUGCAGCCAGUGGAUAUGAUGCAGAUCGUCCACGACGGCUCGAUCAAGCUCAAGGGAUGGGCAUAUUCCGGCGGCGGUCAUUGGCCGGUAAGGGUGGAAGUCAGCGGCGACGGCGGCAGCAUCUGGUAUGAAUGCCCGCAUGAUAAGAUGAGCGACAAAUACUUCCAUGCAUGGAGGUUAUGGGAGAUUGACCUGCCAGUCGACGCCGAAGGAUGGCUCGAAUUUUGCGUACGGUGCUGGGACAACGCACUUAACACGCAGCCCACAUUUGUCAGGAGCGCUUGGAAUUGGGACCUACACGUCACAUCCUCCUGCCACCGCAUCAAAAUCUACAGCAUUAACCACUCGAGGCCUGCGACGGCCCAGCGUCUCAAGUUCCUCGAGGAGCAAGGCAUGUCGAUCACUCCAAUUACCCAACCAUUUCCUUUUGACCUUGAGACGGAAAAGCAUUACCUGAAGAUAAUGGCCAUCAGCCGAGGCAGAGACCCGGUCGAAUGA